UAUCUCCAUUUCUUCUCUUUCAGAUUAUUGACCAUAUCUGAGUAUGGCUGAAGCAAUUGUUUCGGUUGCCUUGGAGCUGCUGGAUUCAAUUCUACUUCCAACUGCUGGCUUCAUAGGAGAACAUGUGAGGCUAGUGGGAGACGUUGAAGAAGAAGUAGACAAGCUUAAGAACAAUCUUGAAGCCAUUCAAGCUGUGCUACUUGAUGCAGACCAAAAACAAAUGAAGAAUAGAGCUGUGAGAGUUUGGUUGAAUCGGCUCAAAGAUGCAUGCUAUGACGUGGAAGAUGUGUUGGAUGAGUGGAAAACUGAAAUCAUAAAACUCAAAAUUGAGGGAGGAUAUGUUCAUAAUGCUCUUGCUCCUAAGAAGAAGGGAGCCUUCAAAUAAGAGGGUUGGGAAAUGUGACAAAUGUGAG